AUGGCUUCCUCGUAUCUCCUAGUUUGCCUUUUAAAUGAAUUUUUAUCCUACACCGCCACCAUGUUAAACAUUGUAACAAUCCACGCGAUAAGAAAAACUUCCUCAUUGUCAAAGAACUUAAAAACAUUGCUCCUGAAUCUGGUUGUUUCUGACCUCAGUGUUGGUUUACUAGCUCAGCCAAUGACGGUGGUACAUCUUAUCUCUACGAACUUGAACGAAAAUAAUGAAACUAGUAAGACUUAUAAUGCCACCUAUACCGCGUACCUUAUCCCGACGAAUUUAUUUGCUUUCGCUACGCUGUUUCUCGUCAUUGUUCUUUGUGCAGAGAGAUUUAUAGCCAUUCAUUAUUGCUUUAGAUAUCAAGAACUUGUGACACACAAGCGAGUUGUUGCUGUUGUCGUCGCAACUUGGGUAUUAAGCGGACUGUUUUCGUUGACGAGGCUGUGGAUCCCAAAGAGUCUUAUGUACGUGGUUUUUGGCAUUACAGAACUUGCAUGUAUUGUAGCUGCCACUUUCUUCAGUAUCAGAAUUUACUCGUCCGUGCGACUUCACGUAAACGAAAUACAAGUGUUGCAGCUACAACAUGCACCACAGAAGGCUCAAAUGGUUAACGUUCGAAGGAUGCGAAAUUUUGCGAUAAUGUCAGUUUACGUUUGCCUCGUUUUAACGGUUUGCUAUCUGCCAAACAUUUGUACACUCUUUGGUAUUGCCUUCACUUCUAGACCAAGCACUGGCAUAAAGCAUUUACAGUUUUACACUCUGACACUGGAGUUCCUUAAUUCGUCGCUUCAGAGGGGGCUGGCAGCGAGGUCUGGAACCGAGUUUACAUGAUCGCCCCAGUUAAGAAAUUUGGCCGAGUGAGACUGAGUACCAAUUUUCCUUCAAAACAAAUAUGGCGGAGAAUGAGGACAUGGAAAGCAACCUCGUCCCCAGGGUCUUCUCGCUUUCCAAUAUGGCGGCGGCAGGAGAGAAGACCCUGGCACACAGCAGAAAUCACGUGACCGAUUUGUCCACGGAGAGUGGAAAUUUAUUCAAAAUGGCGGCCAAGAUAAAGAGUGAGAGGAUCUGGGUACUAGUUCUUGGGACCGGUGAAAAGCAAACAAAAUGGCGGCAAAGUAUGGCUCGGAUGUGCGCUUAAAUAAAGAGGCUAAAAGUAAGAAGGAAUGCAUGUAAAAGCAAAAGGAAAAUGGUAAAAUGAUGUAGAAAUUUAUUCUUGCUGUUUUUUGACUUUCCUUUAUUGUAAACCUAAACUUUUUUCGCGUAGUACAGGUACACGAUUACACGAUAGUCGGCUCCAAAAUGGUAAAAAUAAGUUUAAAAGGGUUUAGAGUUCGUCCGUUUUGUCACAGAUGUACAUAAAGAAUUUUACUAGACUUUUUCUUACUACAUAUUGACUUUUCCUAUACUCGCAGGGGGCGUAGCGUGAGGUUUUGAGGUUUUUCUUCGGUUAGGAUAAGGUCUCUCGACCUAAGAAAGCUAGGCAUUUUAGGAAUUGCUUUCUUUUAAACAUAUAGUUUGCAACCACUUCCACAUUUUUGGUCACUAAGUGGUAAAUAAAAGUGUAUUUUCUUUUUUUAAUGGAUGUGUGAAAAGGUUGUUAUUUAAAUAGUUAUUUUCACAAUCGUACAGCAAAGUCCAAAAUCUACUCUCUGGUUAAAAUUUCUUUCACAGCACAAAUCUUCAGCCAGCUAGGCUAAUCAGGCUGACUCAACAUUGUAAACAGGCCAAUAGUAGUUACUUACAUUUACACUGACAUGUACAACUUUUAACAAGCUCAAGUAGCAAAGUUGGCAGGGACCCCCAAAAUAAUUCACCAACUCCUCCUGAGACAGUUUCUAAGGAUAUCACUCUCGUAAUUCUUGGUGCCCACAGUCAUUAACUAAGUUAGUUAAUCCAAUGUUACAGUUUGUUCAUAGACUUCCAGUCCUUUACUGUGCACUCCUCAUGGUUUUUUUUGAGUGCUAUAUUUCAGGAGAGGUAUGACAAUAAGAUUUUUGCCACUUAAAAAUGACAGCGUUAUUGUUCAGUUGAGAUUUUUAACAUAAAGGCUAGAGUACUUUGAUGACCAUGUUUCUUAUCCCAUGGCAAUCUGUUUCUUGUGCUUUUCAAGCCAUGAAAAAAACUUUUCCAUGUCUUGUCCAACCAGUGGAGAUAAAGUAAUCUCUUGAAAGUGUUCAUGGCAUCUGUUAGGAGUUAUGCGAAAGGGACGCAGUUUGCGGAAGUCUUUCAACAUUAACAUUUCAUCAUCUUUAGCACUUCUUGUGGUAUGUGCCCGGGAUGAAGGGUGAAUCUUUGUUACCUUGUCAAACUGCCCUUUUAUCUGGUGAAUCCCAGGUGCUGCCUUGGAGGCAGUGAUGAUGGCAUUGUUGGUCUUGUUUGGACCCAUUCCUUGCACAACAUUUUUGCUUGUGCAGUUGCAAAUCUCCUGUGCUUUGUCGCCUUCAAUGUUGUUUCCUAAACCCCAGUCCAGUUGACAAACUUCCCCACGUUACUCGAUGUGCAACUUCUUCAGAGAGUAAUGCUUCGACUUGAGCAAUGCUGGUAAACAUUUCUAUGGCAUAUUUAGAAAAUGAAUUGAAGCGGAAAAAGUAUGAUAGUAGGCGCUUUUGAUUGAUAUUGUUUCUUUCCCCAUCACCUUCUGCACAUGUGUCAGUCAACUGCAUCAGAAAGACUGCAAGUUCGAUGACGUUAAGCCCAUAAUAUCUAAAGGAAAGAUAACAGAAUUGACCAAAUUCUGAGCACAAAAAAAUGAUGCCUAGGUAUGGUAUAUACUUGAAUGUGUAGGUGUAAAUGGUGGCAGUGAUAUAAUCAAAGGGAGGUCAUAGAGCUUUUCACAAGGUGGGACACCAUCUGCUAGCUUUUACAGCUUUUUAUGUUCAUGGGAGCAUUAAGUGUGGUAAACUUUGAAAAUUUUAUUUAUCAUUGUUUGAGGAAAACCUAGCCUUGGGAACAGAAAGGUUGUACUGGAGUAUCACUGAAUUGUUUCUUUGGUUUUUAUAACUAUGAUGUAUGGGAAAAAUCAAACAAUAAUUAUUGCAUGUAUACAAAGAAGCAAAAAUAUGGUUUUGUAUGAAAUAAUUGGAAAAACAAAUUAAGUUAACUCAGCAUGCAAAGAGAGCCAGAUGAAAAAACAGUCAGUUCUCUGCAUGCCAUUCAGGAAAGCUGUUGCUACUAUGUUCUUGCCCAAGAGUCAUUUUCACUAGCCCUAGAAGUGUUCUUACUUAAACUGCAAUCAGUUUGCUCUUAAAAAAAUUGGAGCAGAUUUAAAUCCAGUGACUCUUGGGCCUGCUUAAGUAGAUUCUAGCUACAGCUUGACUGAAUGGCAAGCUGUAAAACUGACUUUCUUUGCACCCUGUUAAUUAAGGGUUUCUCUUUUGAAAUUUACUGACCGUACUUUGUCUGUUCCACUCGUAUCUUCCUCAGUAACAUCAUCAUCAGUGUUGUCUUGUAGUUCCCCACUGGUUUGAGAUGGAGCAAAAUAGUCAUGGUCAUGGCCCACCGUAGCUACAAGACUAGAUAUUCGUUGCAGUUCCUGGUCUUCCAUCACGGCAUCUUGGUCUGGAUCUGCCAUGACAAAUUCAUCAACAAAGGAACCAAGAACAUCAUCAAAGAAGGUCUUCUUUCUGGAUUUUUGGAGAUGCAAGAUGCCGGCUGGAGGAACAUGUUUUGUAGGAGUGCCAUUUACUUCGUUCAAACCAAAAAACUCCAUGGCUGCCUCCAGGAUGUAUGCUGUUCCAACACUUACAAAGAAAUCUUCAGUUCCUUCGAAUGACUUUGUUACCUUGUCUGGGGUAACAUUUUUGCGAUUUACCCUUUCACGGAAAUAUUUGAGGGUACCAACCUCUCUGAGAGACUCGGCUUUGUAUAAAUGAUCAAACACAAGCUGCAAAUGGAUAUUAGCACAAAGAGGUAUCAAUAUGGUAAGUCACCCACUGUUAUUUAUGCCAAAUAAAGUUCCUUAAACUACACUUACUCUAUUAAUACAUGUCAAUCUAAUAUACUUUAUUGAACUCAUUAUGACCCGUUGCUCUUUAUAUUCAUAAUUUUGCAUCCCAUUGUUUCAAAUAAUAAUAACAAUAUUAUUAUUCCCGAACAAAAUAUCUAGACCUUUCAUAUUCACCACAUCAAUGCAAACAACAAUGUUUCUGUGUUCUUACAGUGGGUUUACACUGUGUACUGACUUAUUUAUUUUACCUAAGGUUAAACUGACUUGGUCAACUUCCCACUUAUAUGAACAAAUUAAAUAUAUUUUCCUUCGAUUUGGCCUAAUUUUAUACCCAUUAUUUUACUAUGCCCUUAUUUUAACCCUUUUAACUAAGCUGAAAUGUAGGAUAUGUGCAUGCACAUUAUUUUCAAUAUUAAAAACACUCUUUAGGAACUAAUGUGGUCAAGAAAUACUUUAACCCAGAUAAAAUUUGCAUGACAAGCAAAAUGGAAGUCCAUGUAUAACCAAAUUCACAGUUUGUGCAGAACUUAAGAAUAUUGUUCUACUUGUAUGUGUACCAAAUAUGACUCGCAAAUUGGACUGAUUAACCCCAAACUUGAACUUAAUUUACCAUAUGUCAUUUGAGUUUGAGUUAGCAUUAUUGUUCUAAAUUAUGACCAUUUAAAAGUCAAUAUUUUAUUUGUAUGACAAAAACAUAUUUUCUUUGUAGGUACCUGCAGAUAGGACAUCUUGGUAUGGAAUGGUUCUACAACAAAUGGACUACAAUGUUCAAAUCUGUCUUUUGCAGUGUGACAGCCCUUUCUGAGAUCUUUUGCCCCAGCAAAGCGCACCCUGGUUAACUGGUCUCCCCCAAAAGGAACACAUACAUCUUUCAUAUGGUCAUCAUCAUCAUGUCUGGUAAUGUGCGCUCCAGGCUGAUCUGGUGCUGAUUGCAUACCUUCCAGACUUCCAUUUGGCAUAGCUUGUGCUGUAUUUCUUGGCACGUUUAUAACGCCUGCCUUACUGUAAAUCUCCUCUAAGGUAUUUUCAUAGAAGCACAGAAUGUCAACAACAUCAUCAUAUUUUUUUUCAUCCUUCAGCUGGGUUGGUAGACUGACAAUAGCAGAUUUCUUUGCCAUUUCAUUGGUGUAGCGAUGGGCUAUGUGUUGGGGAAUAACUGCUUUCAAGAAAGACAGUGAUGGAAUGUGAGCCACAAGUACUCUACCCACCAGGACCUUAAAAUCUUCUCUUAGCUUGUCUGUUUCUGCAUCAUUCAACAGGAAAUGGCAGUUGGGAAGUGUCUGAAUGUUACGACGAGGGUAGACCUGACACAGGCCUUCACAUGGCACCCUGUCUACAAUUAAGUUGGAGGCAAAGUAGUGCAGAUCUUUGUUCUGAUGGUCACUUCUCAUGUCAUGGACAAGAACCCUGAUGUCCCAGUUGUCACCUGUACCCUGCAGCUUUUUCCCUUGCUUUACUUCAUCAAUUAUUUUGUCUGCAAAGUGUCCGCCAAUUAACUUCAUGAGUUUCAGUUUGCUUGUGUGCCCUAGGCAAAAUCCAAGACUUUGACAUCUGUUGAUAAGCUAUCAAACCGGAUCAAUGUGGUUAGAAUUUUUUUUGUAAUCAUGGCACAAGAAUUGACUCUUUUUGCCCUUGUCAGAAAGAUUUUUUUAAAAAUUUUUAUGUACCAUAAUAUUGACCAAACCUAAGAUUUACUCUCUUUACUUUCCUUAUUAUGAAGAUAAAUAAUGCAGUUCCUCUGAUCUGCACCAGAUCAAGAGCACUUGAACUAUUCUUUUCCAAGUGAUUCGAUUUAGCGCCCUCCUUCCAAUAAGUGCCCCCCAUUUGUCUGAGUUUCUCACGGUAACUGAACAUUGACCAUAUAUUUAGUACUGUUACAAAGAGAAGUACAGUUUCUGUUAUUGUCCCUUUUAAAUAAGUCUUAAAGUUUUUUUUUGAACAUUCAGUUGUUCUCAAAAAAAUGAGUGCCCUGUCUUGAAUUUACCAAACAUUAAUAAGCGGCCCAGGCGCUAAAUCAAAUGAUUACGGUAUUAGUCAAUGUCAUUGCUAAAAUUCCCAUGUUUUGUAUGCGUAAUGUAAAGCGUACCGUUACAAGAAUUACCUCUUAGCUCAGACUGAUGUCAUUUAAAUCAUUUACUUAAAAUCUGUAUACAAACAUGGCUGAGUUAGAACUAUAUUACACAGCCUCAAGUUUGAUUGUGUGAGUGAAAAAAAAUAAUAAUUUUACAUGUAAUUACUGGUAUAAAGUGUUCUUUUUCAACCAACCUGCUUCUUAGCAUUUCCUUCUGCAAGUAAAAUAGUAUUGAUUCUCUGAAUUAGGCUUAGGUCAUGGUUCCGCUUCUGCAUUAGUAUACCGUAGCAUAAGCAAAUUGAAGGGAUGGUGUUGGGUUUCAGUUUUGAUCCAAUAGUUGUUGUCAUGACAUCAAGCAAGAGUGGACAUCUUUGUGAAAUUUCAUUAAGAAUAGAAUUCCAAUCAAAGCCCGCCAUGUCAGGAUAUUGGUUUUUCCUGAGAACUGAUGGUGUAUUCUUCUUGCACAGUUCAGUACAUUUUUCAUUCAGUUCUUGUAAAAUAUUUACCUUGAAGAUUGUCUUCAAUGAUGGCACACUGUACAUAACAUCCACAACCACAGAGGGCACCCCAGUUCUCACUGCAUUGGUCAGCUUUCGUACUAUGUCUGUUUCCAGAACAUGGGCAGCUGAUUUGGUAAUCUAGUAGGUAGAUGAAGAGUUUUUGCUUAAACUCAAGAUUCUUCAACAUCAAUUUUCUCCUAACAAUUUAACAUAUUUUUAGGUGACAAGAUUUAAUUAAAUGACAAGAUUUAAUUAAAUUCUCUCAAGUAAUUCCUUAAGGAAAUAUAAGAUUAUGAAGAUCAGAGAAUUUGCAUGUCUAUAUUGGGGCUUAACAGUUUGUUUUGAUUCUAAGGUUGAGUCCACUUUUUAACACUUACCCAUUUAAAAAAAAGGCAAAACAAAGGGCACGUUUUUGAGUACUAAUAAAACACUAAGUUUAUUUUGAUAUCAAACUUUAGUUUUCUGUAUGAUAUUAACAUGAAAUGUCUGAAAGCAUUGCAGGCUUCAGGGCCCGGGGAGGUACUGCCAUAUAUGGUCUAUAUAGGUAUGUGCCGGGGUGAAGGGUAUGGUUCUUAAGCAGUUUACUCUAGAAUAGGGUAUAUAAAUCAGAGCGUUUGGGUCUAGAAUAGGGUAUCAUUUAUCAUUUUUAGGGUAUCAGUUUUCAUUUGUCAGUUGGUUGAAGAUUUUAUCCAGACUAGGGAUUGUGGUAUAAGGUUUUGUUUUGGCUAGACCCUGGUAGUGACCUCAGUAGUUUCUGGUAAACAGCUACCCUAGGAUAGAGGGUAUUUGGGGAGUUUACACUAGUAUAGGGUAGCAAAAUUCAGCUGAACUAGCUCUAGUAUAGGUUAAGGGUUCCAGGAUCCCAGUGACACAUCCCCACCCACAAAUUCCUAAAGUACCCCCACCCCGGUCUUCAGGGAUGGGAGGGUCCCGGUGGAUGGACCCCUAAAUGCAUCUCAUGAGCAUAGAGAUUGACCAAGACUAUGUGCUUUUGUUAAUAACGAUGAUGAUGACAAGGAUGAUAACAACAAUGAUGAUGAUGAUAAUGAUAAUUUGUUAAAAUAGUAAUAACAAAUGAACGCCCUGUUUUUGGAUGCAAUAUACUGGCAAACUUGCCACAUGAAUAAUAUUUUUGCCUGAGUCUAAAGUCUUUGUUUGUUUGUUUGUUUUUUUUUUCAGAAAUUUCUUAUUUUCAAAUUUUUGGUAUUAUUACAAAACAAAAAAAAUGUAAUCAUUUUUACAUCAUAGACCGCGAGCAGUUUCUCCUUUUCUUCAGAUUUCAAGGUGAGGGAAGUGCGCGCGUUGACGACGCGCGUGGUCAUUUUCGUUUCACGCGCCUUUCGCUCGACGAACUAAGGAAAUUGGGAAAAGGAGAGACUGCUGGUAGUCUUCGUCAAUCAUUUACUUACAGGUUGAUCAAAGAGUGAAAUUCAUGGAACCGUAGCUUUAAUUUUUUUGUUUUACCAUCCAAGUGAAAAUGAAGUGUAAUGAAUUGCAUAGCUGAUUGGUCUAAUGUUAUUUCUACAGAACGAGUCAACGUACCUCGGAUUUUUUAGGCCGGCUUGCGAUAAUAUAGUAUAACCACAUUUCUCUCAGAGUCAACUUCGGAGACAGGCUUUUCUAGGGCUUUUUGGGAAGCUUUUUGGGCUUUAAAGGGAAGAGAUCGAGCGCUAGGUGGGUUUUUUUCCAUCACUCGCGAUUUUUUCUCCGGCUCAGAAGCAGCAGGUGAGAAGACUUUGCACCUCUUUGUUAUUACUUUUGAUUUCAGCUGGUUUUGUGUGUCGAUAACCAUUUUUUUGAACUCGGAGAACCGAUUCAGUACUCCUUCGCAUGGGCGGCAGAUUUUGUGUGGCAAACCAUCCUCUUCUCUGAUGGAAAUAUUUAAAACCUCAAAUGCUUUGUCGCCUAUUUUUUUCCUCUCCCCACUUAUGCCAAAAAUAUUGGUACAAUGGUCUUUCGCACCUCCACAAAAUCUACAAAUGUUUUCUCCAAAGUCUGAGUAGACUUUCUGAGGUGUAGUGGACAUGUUCGGAAACUGAGAUACUUAAGAGAGUCACUGCCUUUUACGUGCGCAUUUCGCGCCCCAUGCCAUUUAAGGCACGCUUCUCAUGGGAUUAUUCAGGCAAGUUCUCUAAAAGCGACAAAAUUUUCUCACAGGAAAAUUUCUUAUCCUUACGAGUUUUGCUUAUAAUUAAAAAUAAGUAACUUGAUCAGCACGUCUUUUUCAAAGGACGGAUCGCGAGUGCUUUGGUUGACUCAGCUGCUUUGUGCUCAGUAUCUACGGGAGUUUUAGACUUUGAGUUUGAGAGAUGAAGCUUACCUUGAAUUCCUUUUUUUUUUCAAGCUGUGAGGUACGCUUUAGAUGUUACUAGUUACGACAGCGUAUUUUUGAAAGUCAAACAGUUUAAGAUCCUUGAAGCUUGUAUGUUACGGCAACAUGUUAUUGAGUCCUUCCGACGGGUUAUGGGAAGUCGGUAAUUUUUCACCUUCUUCCUUACAUGUGGGACUACAUGUGCAAUGAUAAACGAGAAACGAGCAUUGUCAUUGUCAUUUCGCCCUUGAAUGCACUUAUUGAGGACCAAGUCAAUAGUUUGAAGGAAAGAGGAAUUAAGGCUGGUGUGCUACGUACAUCUCGUGCAGAAAAAAUUAAUGCCGCUAAUUCUCAGAAUGACGACAGUGGGUCAGAGGAUGAAAAUGAAGUUUCUGUGGUAUCGGAAAAAAAGCCCAACUACUGUAUCAGCGAGCCUGAACUAUUCAAAUGUGUCCAGGAAGGAGAAUUUAAGCUUUUAUUUACUCAUCCAGAGGCUUUUAUAUCGUGUAAAGAUGGUAGAAAAGUCCUUCAGUCAGAUUUAUACCAAAAUCGCGUCGCAUUUUGUGUCAUUGACGAAGCUCACCUGAUAAAGGAAUGGGGCUCAGAGUUCCGCCCUGAUUUUGGAAAGUUAGCCCAACUUGGGUCACUGUUUCCGACCGCACCUAUUCUGGCGUUAACGGCUACUGCCCCCAAAGAACUUGUAAAAUAUCUGAAAGUGAAUCUUCAACUCAGGAAUCCGAUGGUACUCGUGGGAAAUUUAGACAGAAGUAACAUUUUUAUUUGUAAAGAAAAGAGAAGGCCCUCAUCAUUUGGAGUAGACAGUUACAACGACAUUUUGGUACCCAUUGCUGAGGAACUAAGGAUAAAAUUAAUCAACUACCCCCUUACCAUCAUCUACUUGCCCUUGAAAUGGUGCGGGUAUGCUUUCAAGUUAUUUCUUACCGUGCUCGGUGAGCAGAGUUUCUAUCCGAUAAGCGUGGACAAAAAACCCGAAAACUGCCUGUUUGCGCAGUACCAUGCGCCACAGACAGACCUAAUGAAAGAUGAAAUUCUUAAGCAGCUAACCGCGACGGAAGUUUGCAAAAUUCGUGUUGUCUUUGCCACAGUAGCAAUUGGAAUUGGUGUAAACAUUCCUAAAGUAAGACAUGUUAUUCAUUUAGAUGUUCCUCGGACUGUAGAGUCAUACUACCAAGAAAUUGGACGAGCGGGUCGGGACAACCAACCUGCCAGAGCAACACUCUAUUACAAUGGUAGUGACAUAGCUUCCAACAAACCUGGGAUGACGGACGAAAUGCGGACCUAUUGCAAGCUUACCAACAGCUGUUUGAGGGAUUAUGUUCUAACUUACUUAGGUUCAACACGUUCAAGUCGCCAACCAAUUGAUGGUUUUCACGGUGACGUCAUCAGAUUGCAAAGUCAAAAAAGCGAGGUUUUACGAAUUCUUAUUUACACUAGGUUGAAGAUUGAUAGGAAAUACAUCUUUGUACAAGUUUCCAGCCCCGAAGCAUGUUUCAUUUCGAAAAUACAGCAGUUUGAACUUCCGAGUUUUCACAGUGCGUGACACCAAAAGAGGAAUGCUAUCUCCUUGAAAAAAGUCUCUCCGCUUGAUUUUCAGCAGUUUAACCAUUUCAAGUAUUAGAAGAUAUGUUUAUGCGCAAGUAUGCUAGUUCUCGAGUGAAAAGGAAGAGCUUUUAUAGAAAAAGUGAACUCCAGAUGUUUUUGUUGAUUUCCGGCGGCCAUAUUGGUGGACAGUUUCUGUCCACCAGUAUGGCGUCUCCAUACAAAGCUCUACAAAGGUGCGUGAAAUGUUUCGGCAACUAACUCAGAAACUGUGGGCCACAAAGACCUGAGAUUUGGACAAAUUGUUUACAUAUUAGUCUUUUAUAACAUUUCAUUUUCUUGGCUUCUUUCACUGGACGGUUUCAGAUGUAUUUUUUUGUGUCGUGUUUAUUGCGUGACAGUGAAAACGAAGAAUACCCGGGCAACUUUGUUGUUCCAAUUGCAGUAACAGCGAGCAACAGCACCCUAAAGAAGCACAUGUCACCCAUCUUAAGAAGUCCCCUGAGCAAGAUCAAGACGCUGUGAGAAGGGUAUCUGAGGAGGAGCGAAAAGAGAUCCGUAAGCAUUUAUUAAAAUAUCGCCUCCACCUUGGCGCAAACCGCAGGAGGUUUGGUGAUAUUGAUUCGUGCACUGGUUUCACAGUUAAACUCAUUGACAAUGUUGUCUCAAAGUGCGAAUUUUUAUCCUCAACAGAAGAAAUUUUUUCCUCUUUUCAGAUAUGGGAGAGAUCACACGCAGAGGUCGUUUUGCAAGUGAUAAAAAGCGUGUGUGACGAGUCUUAGAGCGCUUACAAAAAGUGAGGACUAGCUGGUCUGAUUUUGAAAUAUGCAGGAGAAUAUUUUUCAAACGUUUUCAACAAAAAACCAACACUGCUUUGCAGAGAAUUUAUAGAGAUACACUAGUCUGGCAAACAGAUCUGAUCGACUUAUAGAGAAAUUUUCAUUAGGAAUCAGGGGCUUGUCCUUUGCCAUUUCUGACAACUAAGCAAACGUCCUUACUUUAUGGUAAACACUCUCUCGUACUGCAUUUCACACUUAAAAUCGAAAAUUAUCGUAAUCUGAAGAGAUUUAACCUAGAUGGAAUUUAGCCCAACAUGUCACUGGUCCCAGGAGGAGUACUUCAAAUUUCAAGAGACAAGCUUAAGGAUGAUCGAUCAAAGAAUUUUUCUGGGUGGCUUGAUUAAAGUAGGGAGAUUUUACGGUAUCAAAACAAUGUAAACGUUCAUGGUGGGAAAAAAUAUAUAUUAGGAGGAUGGGAGGGGGGGGUUGAUUUUUGCCCCCAUUGGAUCAUCUCGUCACUUGAAAUCCAUAGUAUUCCCCUGUUGCUCACUGGCAUGGUGAUUUGCUUCCUUUAAUGAAACUUGACUUAGGGAAAAGAGGUACAUUUACUAUCCAGGUCCCAAUUGUUCAAACGUUAGCUAGUAAAUAGCACUUUAUUCAUAAAAUGCUUGGGGGGAGGGGGGCUACUCAACAAAUGUUUAUAUGGUGAGGCUCUGCCCCGAGGUCCAACCCUUACCCUUUUAUGUACCAUUUUUUCAUGUAAAAGGCAACCCUUUCACAUACCUUCUAUUGUGACAAAUGGUACCCUUUCACAUACCUUGUUUAGAUCUUUGCAUCCCUUUUAACUGCUGUAAAUGCACUGUCUUUUAAAAAAGGAAUCAAUCAAAAUAGAACAUUUUCUCAACUUUUUUUGGCCAUAAAUUCAUCUGUUAGUCCUUUUGGGCACUUUUACAGACCCAAAUCACACAUUUACUACCCUUUAAUAUACUUCAACUAGUUGAAGCCCUACCCUUUUGCUAUACCUGAAGCCUGAAAAAGAUAGCCCUUUCCGGCAGAGCCUACCCAUAUAUAUAUAGGCCAUCAUUGGGAGUUCCCCCUCCCCCAGGGAAAUGCUACGACCAUUGCAUUAUUCAGUGGGUGUAGAUUUAUGCCAGGGAUGGAUGGAAUUAUCCAUUGUUUGAACAAAAAGUGCCAGAUGGUAAGCUUUUUAUCCCUUUUAACUAGACCUAAAUUACAACCAGUGAUCAUGACUAGCUGGCUUAGGUAAUACUCACUGCUAUUCUGCUCACGGAUUCCCUAAAACACCUUAGCCCCCUGGACCUCAUUUCAGUCAUUCCACUUUCCAUUUGGUGACAGCAAUAAUGAUUUUCCCACAAGAAUUUAUGAGGAACUAAUUUCACAUAACUGUUUCAAUUUAUAUGACCAAUCUUCCCCGUUUUACACAGCUAGGAAUUUUCUUUGGUACACCAAACCCCAAGAAAUAAUGAAAGCUUACUGUAAGUUUUUGUAUUGUAGAAGGGAAAUUAUGUUAAAAAGUUACAACCAAAGCUUAAAAAAUGGAAGGACAUUUAGCUGGGUUCACCAUUUUAAGCUUGUAUAUACAAGAGAAUUACCCUAAUCAUUUCUUCUGGAAGCUAAAAACAAAAUCCUAAGUGCAUCUAUCCAUUAAUUUGCGUGUUGUUAAUCCAGAAAAACUCUACUUUGAGUCAUUUUCCCAUUGAAGUUAGAUUAGAUUUACAAAAUAGUGGCAAGACAGAUGUUAAACUAUUAAUAACCCUGAAGAUGUCAACAUCUGAAUAAAAAGUCAGUAAAAUCCCAAACAACACUUUAUGGUACAUAUCAUUCGUGUGGCUUUAAUCUUAAAACUCAAAAUUCCGAUUUUAUCAACAAAAUAAAAACCAGUUACAAGAAUCUGGGACACAGAUCCAGAGAAGCAAAGGUCAUGUGUAACAGGGAGGGAAUAAAAUGUGGGUGUGCCUCAUUUAAGGCAUGUCUUGCAAGUUUGUAUAUGAUGACAUAUGAGCUUAAAACAAAUUAAAUUGUACCUGAUAUUAAUUUUAAGAGCAAAAACAGAUAGAAAAAAAGGAAAUACAGUAGAGCCUGGUAACUCGAACUCUACAGGUGAAACGAAAAACAAUUUGACAUAGCGAGGUUUCAAGUUAACGGGGUUGAUGGCACAAUUCAAUUUGCCACAUUAAAAAUUGAUAGUUGGUUAUUUUUUAGCACUUCAGUGUUUAGGGCACUGUAAAUUAAACUUAUUAGAGGAGCUAAUGGGAUGGCAUCCACGUGGAGAUACAAGAAUCAGAGCUCGAGUUAUCGGGGUAAAUUUCAGUGAAUUUUUGAUCAAGGGAAAGGAAAUUUAGUUCCAGUUUGCGGGAAAAUCGAGGUAUCCGAGUUCGAGUUGACCGAGUAAAAAUGACUGAAAAGUGAGGUGAAAUCCAAGGGAAAUAGGACAGGAAGUUCGAGUUAUCCGAGUUCGUGUUAUUGGAGUUCUACUGUACUUACAAUAUAUGCAAGAGCAGCGAUUACCAGUCCCGAGGUCUUAAAAGAAGAAGAAGCAGAAGCAGUUCUAACUGUACUGCCGGCAGCUGAGUAGUCGAAUUGAGGAACAUGAUCACCACGGAGAAGCGUGAAUUAUCGGCGAUCUGUCCUUAAAUGUUGCUUACUGCUUUUCAGUUACUUCUAACUGUACAGCAGGGUUUAAAAGAAGACCAAACAGGCAUCCUUUCCACUUCUUAAGCCUCAGACACUGUUCUCAGUUUCCACGAAGAACCCAGGUAGCCACCAUUUUUGUUUUGGAAGGAAUAAACCAAUGAGAGCGAACGUAUGAUCGCGCAAUGGAAUGCACCAAUCAGCGAUCGUUUUAGUUCGCUGUGUGCCAGGGUCUUCUCUCCUGCCGCCGCCAUAUUGGAAAGCGAGAAGACCCUGGGGACGAGGUUGCAUGGAAAGAUGAUGAGUUUUUGCUCGGUUUUACGUUUUACGGCGUUCAAACAUCAAGAAAAGGUUUUCAUGAACUUUUUUCAUGAAAUUUUUGGACAUCAGGAGGCGUGAUGUAUGAACAGUUCAUGAAUGACUUCGCUCAUCGUGAUUCGGCACCUUGGCAAGUUCAGUUAUUUAUAUUAAGCUUCGUGAAUUUUCGAGCGACCAGCCUCAGGGCAGCCUGCUCCAUCUCUUAUAUAUUUUUUCACCUACGGUGGUAUUAAGAACUCUCUGCCUUAUCCUAAACAUAUGCUACGAGCUCAUUAUAGUACGAGUCUUUCAACAGUCAUAGGGGAAUGUUCAUUAAACCAAUUUUGUACUUCGCUGUUCGUAAGUUUUUUUGUACACCGGGAGCGACAACAAAUAUUUGUGGGCGUAAAUACAGAAUACAGGGCUAAUUUAGUAAAAGCCAGGUUAAAUGUUCCAAUCACUUUGCUUCACAUAUACUGGGUCUGUCAGUAUAAGCUAUUUUUAAUAUCAAAAGGCUGCAGGGAAGGGCUUUCUGAAUCUUCAAAACCUUCACUGGAAUAUCGUUUGAGUGAUAAUCAAUAAAUAGCUCCAACAGCAAUACCGUAUGUAGUAGUUUUAUAUUAGAUAGUGACUUCGGUUUUAAGUACUUCCUUGAAAUUUUUUGUACAAAAAGGGGUAUGCCCAGUAUACAUUGAGAAAAUCCCUCAAAGGACUGAAGUACAAGAAACAGAAAAAAGAAAAUUGAAUGUUUUGCAAAGUUUACAAAGAGAAUCAGAAGGACCUUGAAAAAUGCACAACUUCAAUAGUUUCUGUAAGUUAUGAAUCUGAUUUACAAGUAAAAUAAACAAGGUAAAAUUGACUUUUUAUCAACCAUCAAAAGAAGUUAUUGUCCCUUGAGCCCAAUCCCUUCAGCAGUUCUUUCUACAUACUACCCUUGGCUUAUUUGGCCUAGAUGGGUAUGUGCUGCUGAGUCAGGGUGGUGACCAUUUCACCCUUUAGAGUUUUGAACAGGGUGUCUGUUUGGGCUGUGAGGGUUGAUGAAGAGCAGUCUGUAGUUACGUUUGUGGUACCACCAAUUUUUUCCCCAAGUCUUUCCAUCUUUCUAACUUUAAAAGCUAACUUAAUUCUGUAUGCUAACUGAAGUGAAUCAGGGUUAUAAAAUCAGGUCUCUUGGCAUAAAAAGGGUGGGGGAAAUGAACAAUGUGUCCCACUACCCAUACUCUCUUUCGGUGCAAGCCCAGGGAGGUGAUCUCACAUUUUAAUACCCUUUUACCACUUGUUUUAACAGCAAAGUCAGUGAAGGUCUUUGGUCUCUGAAAAAUGUUUUUGCCUGCCUCAACACAAGUUUCUAACUGUUAUUGUUGACUACAAAAUUAAUAAUAUUAUCUUAAUAAUCAUUUUACAUUUUUUUCCAAGACAUCCUUUGGUGUUUUGCAUAUCCAUUAGUACAAGGUAAUUUUUAAGUUGAGAGGGUUUGAUUUCAUUAACUACAUUUUUAUACGGACUCAAACUAACCUGGCAGGUUGAUGUUCAAAAGUGUAAAAAAUGACAUGCAACUGUAUGGAAAAAACUGAUCAUCGUGGCCAAAGGAAAGGCAAAAAUAGAAAUGUCACCAUUUUCCUGACUUUAUACAUUCCCUUGGAAGCAUAUUUAGCCAGAUGUAGUCCUUGUCAAAACGUGCAAACUUCAAGAUUUAUUUUCUGAACUUAGCUAAUCUUUUUUAAACCAUAAUCUUGUUCCAAGGGGUAGUGUAGUUUUUAAAAUUUAUAAUUUUUCCCUCUUUUUUUGCAACAAAACACACUUGAAUUAGGACUCAAACUGAAAGCAGUGUAGUAACUGCUGUCAUGAAAAGAGAAUUCCAAACACACAAGACCUAAGAUUCAUUUGUUAGAAACUACGGUAAAGUUUAAAUUAAAUCGCACGAAGAAAAGAACUUAAGCAUAUCAACAUGUGCAAAAUCAAGAGAAAAUGAUCUCUUGGCAAAAUUUAUUUAGCUUCUACUACAUAAAGAAAUACAUGAACUACGAGAUUUGACCAUGCCACUCAAUCAUCCAACGCAACUCUGCCAGGAUAUAUAAGUUCACAAUCAAGGAUGUAGAGCUGAGAAUCUCAAUCAUCAUUUCUUGUCGUCUUAAAGGUGUAGCCGUAAACAACUCUCAGCUGAACUCUGACAACUCUUCUACUCAACCACAUGCCAGUCAUCGCACUUUUUUUAAUACCUCGAAGAAUUAAUUUUGGGCCUUUCGAUUGAAAAUAUAAACUCUUCUACAUACAUAUUGGAGGGCUGGCCCUUCUUUUACUCUUGCAAUUCGUGGGUCGUCUAAAGAGAAAGAAAUCAUCAAAAGGUCGGGCCUCCAGAAACAUGUUCACUGGUCUCGUUCUUACCGUAUUAAACCGGGCCGCAUUUAAUGACAAACGCAAGACCAGAAGAAAGGAAAACGUAAGCUCCACAUUACCGCGGAACAAAACGAAGAAACCAAUGACCAACGGGACCAAAAGCAACUUCACUUCACCCUGCCGAAUCGCUGCGAAGAAGCUGCUAAGACGAACUUGUUUUCCCAACCCGCUCCGCGCAUGCUCGCUACAGUUUUCGGAUGAUUGACAGAUUUCUUAACUGGGGCGAUCAUGGAAAGCCGAAAAGCGGCAAGAUCAGAGGCCGUUGCCAGCCCCCUGCGUCGCUUAAUCCUGUGAUCUACUGCUGGAAGAUGAAACACAUCCGACACACGAUCAUUGGCUUAAUACGAAAUGCAUUUACGAAGCAAAACUAA